AUGGCAGACGACACCACAAAGCUCGUAUUCCAGUUAGCAGAGGGUAUCUGUCAAGAUAUCGACACUCUAAGAGAGGAUGUCCGCUGUGCCGAGGAAUCCUAUCGCGCCACUACGAAGUCUAUUCACGCUGUUAAAGACGCUGUUCGCAUAGCUGAAGAGUCGCAAUGCAAUUGGGAAGCGUCGAUGAAACGCAUGAAUGAGACCUUUGUCUCUCUACAGAAGUCUACUCAAGACAUGGGGGAAAGCUGCAGGAACUGGCAGGAGUCCAUUCAGACAAAUUAUGACAACACCAAUAUCUUGAACAAGCGCAUGCAAAGUAUCGUGAGCAGUCGCCAGAGCUCCUGCUCUCGAACCCUGCGACUCAGUGCAGAUAUCGACCGGCGUUCACACGCAGAAUCACCAUUUGGUGGCCAUCCGAACAGCUGGACACCUACACCCUCCCAGUGCAUGGUUACAGAAAGCAGCCAUUCUUUGCGAACAGAAUCACCUUUGAUCGAAUCUGUACCGGGCGGGGAGGAUGAAGCCCGUACCAGCCGUGCAAAGCCAGCAGCCAAUAAAGAUGACGUGCGGGGCAAUGUAUGCCUUGCCUGUCUUCAAAGCUGGGAAAAGUCUUUGAAUGAGAACACCGGCAGGUUGAAAGAAGGAUGCGUCUACAACCCGGGUGCGACUGAUUGCUCUGAAUGUAUCGAAAAACAACGAAAGGGACCACAGGAGUGUCGGAAGAUCCUUAGCGGACAGUCCAAGACACUGAGACGGCUCAAAAGAGAAUUUAUAGAAGUCCCUCGAAAUCGGCACAAGUCUCCCCAAGCUACCAAAUUCUUUGAGGCAGUAACGAAGGAGAUUCAAAUAAUCGAAAACACCAAAAAACGCAAGAAGAAAAAGGCACCCGUGGCAGAUGAGUCGCAGCCCACAGCCAAAAAGUCACGGACCUCACGUGGCAGGUCCAAGUCAGUUCCGGCAUCUCAAUCGAACAUAGGCCCAGAAGUCUCCCUGAAGAUGGAAGGAGAUGCCUCGGAAUUAGCGCAGUAG